AUGUCACUUAAUUUCUGUCAAGAGUGUCUGCAAAUAAACUCCUUAAAUUGGUCUAAUGAAAAGGAGGUCCUAGAUGAAGAUGCCACCUGUUGCAAUUUGGAAGGCAAUUCUAACUUAUUAGGUACUUCUUGGAAUAAUGCUAAGAAACCUAUGCACAUUAAUGUGGAGUUUUUGCCUAGAUAUAUUGGGGUUGAGAAGGAUAGGUUAACUGUUUCUCAUAAGGGUAGAGGUUCUCAUUUAGAAGUAGGCACAGUUCAAUCAGAUAUGCCAAUCCCAACAAAUUGCCAAGUAUACUAUUUUGAAGUAUUGAUAAUAGAGUCUCAGAACCAGGCGAAAUGUACAGUAGGAAUUGCAGCUAGAUAUUAUUGGACUAAUAGAGAACCAGGGGCUGAUAAAGCCUCAAUAGGGUAUAGAGGAGAAGAUGGAAAGAAAAUAGUGAAUGGAAAUAGAUAUGAAUCUUUUGGUCCCAGUUUUGGCAAAGGUGAUAUUAUUGGAUGUGGAAUUGACUUUAAUGCUAACAGUGUUUUUUUUACUUUAAACGGAAGGUUUAUUGGUAUUGCAACUGAUGUUUUAGAUUGUGUGGACUACUAUCCAACAAUAAGCCUAUACCACUCUCAAGAUAUAGUUUAUGCUAAUUUUGGAUCUAAGAAUUUUGCUUUUCACCUGGAGGAAUAUAUAAUGAAGAAUUUGAUGAUUGACUUAAAUAUCAUUUCUCAGGUUAAAGUUGAUUCUGGUACACUAAGAGAAUUGAUUAGAGGUUACUUACUUGUAGAGGGUUUUCAAAGAACACUAAAGAUUUUUGAUGAAACCAGUAAAGCUACUAUUACAGAUGAGUUAUCGGAAAAAAAAUCAGAUAUAAAAAGUGAGAAGCUAUCUAUUAAUCAAACAAAUAACAUAUAUUACUCAGAAUUGUUAAAUUUAUCGCUUAUACAAGAGUACUAUGAAGAAAAUAAUGAUAGUUCUCAAUUACAGAUGGAAAUACUUGGUUCACUCUUUUCUGAGAAACUUGAAAAAAGUGGUAAUGAAGAACAACGUAUAUGUAAGGGAACAAGAGGAAAUUAUCUUGUACGUAGAAAUACUGAAGAACUGUGCAAUAUACAACAUAAACCAAAUAUUUCGGCAAAUAAAAUAAAAAGUGAAGAUUUUGGAUUUCUAAUAGAUGUACAUUUAGAAGUGUCUUUGAAGAUCCGCUCUAGUAUAAGAAAUUAUAUUUUAAAUGGUGACAUCAAAAGUGCUCUGGACUUGAUUGAGAAUUUUUACCCUGAAAUAUUGGAUAAGAAUGAGCCAAUGACAGCUUCAAUAAUUCUCCAUAUCCAGAGUGCAAUAGAAGAAUUUGCAGAAGAUUUAAAUAGAGAUCUCAAAACUUUUGAUAAAGAUCUCUCUGUACUUUUAUAUUUACAAAACUUCCUAGGUGAUAUGAACUUUAGAGAAAUGUUUGAUAAACAAAAUAUAAUCAAUAGAUCAAAUUAUAAUUUAUGUUGUAUUGAGAAGAUGAUUGAUGAAUGUUGCUUUUUAUUUGCUUCAACUGAUAUUAUUGAUGAAGAUUUUCUUCUUAAGACAAGGAAACGAUGUUUAAAGGUUAUAAUGCAAGCAAUGUUCUAUCUUAUUCUAAGAGAUGUAUACAAUGGAAAUAUACCACGUCAAUUAGCUAUAAACAAGAAAUUUAGUGGAGUGAUUGAAAAUAAACUAAAUUUUUGCGAAGGCUCAUGGAAACCUUGUCCCUGGUCUCCUAUUGAGACUUUAGUUAGAUAUAUUGUUGCUACUCGAUUAGACAUUAAGAAUAAGAAUUAUGGAAGAGGAAUAGCCCCAAAUCCUACAUUACUAUGCUUUGCAACUCCAAAGAUGGUUAAGGAUCAUAUCUUUAAUGAGGAAUUUCAAAUAUUAUAG